AUAGGGCAGAGCAGGAGUGGAGCGCGGAGAGGAAACCAGCCGGACCCAGCCGUAGGAUGGCAAACCACCACUGCUGCUGAUGCUGCUGCUGAGAGUUGGGACUCGCUACUACCUAUAACUACUGAUACACCAGCCUGCAAUUAAUCUGAAGCCUUUAAGCCUUGCUGAGCGGAGGAGGAGAGGAGUGGAGCUAAAGGAGUGCAGUUUGGACGCGUGCUGCGAGGAAAUCUGUGGCAUAUUUGCUCAAAUUUCCUUUCCUUUUGCCUCGGAAUACCACAGGUACACUCAUGGGCUGCCUGGGUGUUUGGGCUGUUGUUGUGGCCGCUCUGCUGGGAACCUCAGGGUGCUGGCUGGCUGAAGGACACAAAAGAUGGAGCAACGUGGAUACAGCCAGAAUGUCACAAAGCUCCUCUAAGGAACAACACUCCACGGAGAAGGGGAAAGCGGACGGCAACAUCGAUCAAUCCCUUUCUGACACGGACGGAGGCCCCUGUCGGAGGACCUACUGUGGACGGGGUCGACAGUGUGUGCUGAUGGCAGAAACUGGCCGUGCUGAGUGUGUUUGCCAGGAAAAAUGCCGGCCCUCCUUUGUGCCGGUGUGUGGCUCGGACGGCAGGUUCUACGAGAACCACUGUGAGGUGUACCGCACCGCCUGCCUGGAGAGGAGACGGAUCUAUGUGGUGCACAGCAAGGACUGCUUCUUUAAAGGCAAUGCAUGCACCAUGUCGGAGUACAACAAGCUGAAGAGCAUGCUGUUGCAUAUGCAGCCCAAAGUGCUGGAGGCUGGAGAGCAGAGCCAGCAGAGGGACAUGGAGGAGAAAAGAGCGCUGGUGGAUACCAUGUUCAAAUACCUGGAUGUUGACCAGGAUGGCCGGCUGGUCAGUGAUGAGCUGGAGAAGAUCUCUAUGAAGGAGCAUCUGGAGGACAGUCUGAUGGAGUGCACCAUGCAGGACCUGCUGAGAUAUGAUGACUACAACAAUGAUGGGCAUCUCAGCCUGCAUGAAUUCUACACAGCUUUCC